GAUAAACUCGGCUGUUCAACUCUUUUACGGAAGAAAAUCAAUUCUAGUUCGAUCUGGACCUAUACAUCUUCCGACUUACUUUACUACGUAUACAAAGAAAGGGAGAAAUGUGCGAUCGAUUCUUCAGUUCUUAGCUACUCUGUCUGUGUAUAGCCCUGAUGCUUAUCAUUGCGUAGAGCAUUCUAUAUUGUUCCUUCAACCUAUAUUUUAUACUAUCUCAGUAUGAACAGAGAAAAGCAUCGGGACAUCAGUAUACUCCAUUCUCUCCGCUGGAUAUCUGCCAUCAUUUAUCUUAUUUCUACUCUGAAAGUAAAUUUCUAAUUGAAAUAUGUUUGGAGAAAUGUUGCUGGAUCAUGAAUCGCGCUCUAAGAAGCCUAGAACGCUGAAAUCAUUUACUGUCUAUAUAUGGUGCUGGCAAAGACUUUCAGCAGAAGUGUGCCGACUUUCGACUACGUUUCGACGCCGUCAAUAUUCACGUCAUUUCGUCAUCGCAGUCCUGUUUACGAUUAUGCUCUAUCAUCUGCUGUUAUCGACGAUCUCAUACACCAGGCGACUGCGAAAAAUUCCACCCACGUCUAUUACUUCACAUUUUCUGUUCCAGGGGAUGCAUGGAAACGUUGACGAAUCCUUGAAUUUUACAAAGCAAAUAUGGCUUUUCAACAACAGUGAUGCAGAGCGGAUUUAUCUCUAUGCGAAUCUGCUACAAAAGCACCAUUGGAAGGCCAGUCCACAACAUCUUGAUAAUUUUAGACGUGAGCUGAAUGCAGAGACCAAUGUCAGUACAGAUCGUGAUCUCAUCUUGACCCAAACCAAUGUCCAGCUUGACCAAGAAAUGCCAUGUUACUACGUCACUAAAAGAUUCUGGAAGCAAACAAAUUUCGUGGCUACCAAGGAUUUCAUGUCUACAUUGCCGAAGGAAUCACCACUGAAAGGGAAACGCUAUGAGAAGUGUGCCAUCAUAGGAAACAGUGGAUCAUUGCAGAAAAGUACCUGUGGUUCACAGAUAGAUGGCAUGGACUUCGUAUUCAGAUGUAAUGGAGCACCUUUGGAAGCUUUUAUAAGUGAUGCUGGGAAGCGAACAGAUUUCCUUUCUUUCAACCCUAGUAUACUAUAUAAGCGAUUUGGUGGACUUGUAAACGAGAGUAUGGUAGAAUCCUACAUCAGCUUCAUGAACCAGUAUGAUAGUAUGGUAUGGUAUCCAUGCUUCGGCUCCAGACAGUUAGUUGAACCAUGUCUCAAAGCUAUUAGUUAUCGUGAUCGGAUAGAUUCUCAACUAGUGAUUGCCAAUCCGUCACAUUACGUCAGUAUAUGGGAGUUUUGGAAGAGGCGUGGUCUAAGGAAAAAGCCAUCGACAGGUCUGUACCUGAUUAACCUAGCUGCUACUAUGUGCAAUGAGAUCCAUCUCUAUGGGUUCUGGCCUUUCCCAAUCCAGCUACGUGAAGCAAGAGUCCAAGAAACAGCUUAUCAUUACUUCAAUAACCUUCCUUUCACAAGUCACCAUAGUUCUGAUGGAGAGUUUAGAAUACUCUUACAAAUGCAUAUGCUAGGGACUGUAAACCUUCACACAGGAACAUGUAAGCAGUGAUGAUAGAAGUCACUUCGGGUUAUAUGCCUCAUCGACUAUGGUGUCAUAAUGGACAUGUAAACACCACGUUGACAAUGCCAUAAUCAGGAAGCCUUGUAAAAACCUUCCAAAGCAUAGACACUUCAACAAAGGGGAAGUCUAUUAAACCUUUUAACAAGCUGGAAUUAAUAAAAUCAUCACAAAACAAGCUAAACUAACUAGUGAGAGGUUGAGCAAUAUUAAAAGUAGGACAGUUAUGAAUCUUUAAAGUUGUAAUCAGUGAAACACAAAUUGGCAACGUUGUGACGUAUUGGUCUUCCCCAAUGACCAAGCAUUCACUUAGGGCUGUACAUGUAUAUAAUAAUGAUAAUAUUUUUUUGGUAACCAUCACGUUGACAUUGCCCAGCGGGAAGUUUAAUAGAGACAUAUAUGAAUACCCUUAAAAUAUCGUUAACGAAAUAAUUAUAUUAUUUGAUGAAAAUUUAGCCCAAUCUCAAGAAAAUUGCUUGUAAAGAAUACCUCAGAAAUCACUCUGAUCCCAGUUUCACAGUUCAACAUGAUUAGAUUAAUCUCGAACUGAUGUGGUAGCAAUUGAAAGUGAGGUGAUGUGGUCUAGUGGAAAUGUUGCCGGACUGUGUACCACAAAGUAAGGGGUUCGAAUCCAUUGUGCAUCACAUAUGGCAAGAAAUUAUUCUGCAUUUGUCACUCAACCCAGGUGAGGUAAAUAGGUACCUACACUGUAGUAGUUUUUUUUUUUAAUGUUUGAGCACUGAAGUGGUUAUUGAAGAUACCAUAGAUACACCAAGUGUGGCAUUGCACCAGACAUGAAAGGUAUAUACAAGAACCCACUAUUAUUGUUCGUUAUAUUAUUACAUCAUUCAUCCACAGUUUUAAAAGAUCGCUCACCUUCAUCAAUUGCAUACCUCUAUAAAGCUAAAUUUCAUAGAAUGUCCCAGAAAUUAAGACUGGCGUUGUCAUUAAAAACGCCCUCCAUGGAUGAUGAUCAAAUGUUGAGAUGUAGUAAAACUGCUGUAAACUUUCCUGGGGCACCUGUUUCAUGAGCUUUGCUUUUAUCUGUAUAUAUAUUUAGAGGCGCCAUGUUCGUCAAAACUAUCCUGCAAGCAUCUUGAGAGUAUCUCAAAGUAAUGCAGGGCAAAGAGGCUGCAACCCCCUCCCCCUCCCCCUCUCCCCCCAUCCACUGCAACCAGUAAUUUUAAAUCACCAGUAUAUGAAUGUUUUAUCUGUGUGUGAAAUCAUCCGUAUGUUAUUUAUUAAAACUGGACGAAUGUGACAAUAUGUGAAAUCAA